AUGCGUUUCGGAAUCAAAUGCGAACAUUCCGAUCAUUUUGAAGAGUACUUUAAUACCUUUGAUCGACUUCAAACUGAUACGGAUCGAAUUUGGAAAUUCCAAAGAUAUGAAUUGAUCUGUGAAUAUUUAUCUCGACCAUCGUUACCCCCUCCACUUAUACUUUUUGCUCAUCUUUGGCGAUUCGGAUUAUAUAUAUUAUCACGAUGUGUUAGUUCACCAUGGCUUAAUGCACUCUAUGAUCAACAUACCAAACGUACUAAAUAUGAAAUAGCGCUUGAUGAGAAAUCUGCGACUAAUAUCGAAAUAGCUGAAGAUGCACUUGGUGAUGAAGUUUAUUAUAAUUUUUCGAAACAUGGCUUGCAAUUAAUUGAAGAACAUGAACUUGAUGAGGAACAAAUCACUUCACCACAAGAGGGCAUGUUAAAGAAAAUACGAGCACUUGAAAAUCGAGUACAACUGAUCGGUGAUCAACAAAAUCAAGUAUUAGACUAUCUUGAUUGUUUAAUGGAAGGUAUGAAAAAGAUGGGUGGAGACAGUAUAAGAAUGCCUGAUCGCCGCCAUCUGGAACUAGAUGAACCAAUUGAAGAUACAAUGAACCAUAUUGGUCAUCCGAGACGAGAACUUCGACGAGAAUCUUUAAUAGAUGAAGUAUAUACUCCAAUCGUUAUCCCUUCGGGUGUCGCACCAACAACACCUACUAGUUCUUCCCAAUCAAUUAAAACGUAA